AUGAACAAUUUUAAUGUAAAUCGCGGAGCACCGCGUGGCAGAAUUCCGGCAGUAACCGCCGAGGAGCGCGCGAAGCCCAACGUUGCUCGAACACACACAAUAUCUCUUCAAGAAUUGGAAGAUAAUAAAUAUAAAAGCUCAGAUCGACAAUCAACGGAACCAAUUGCUUCCGAUGAGGACAAGUUAGAUUAUUCUUCAGGAAGCUCCAACAAUUGGUCUAGAAAAGAAUCAGAAAGUAGUAGUGAAGAAGAAAUGGAUAUAAGGAAGAGAAAAGUUAAGAAAAACUCUCAUGUAGAAAUUAAAAAGAAAGAAAAGCCAGGAAAUAAACGUUAG